AUGGCAAUUCCUACACCAGGCCUUACAGGCGAUGCGCGGAGGUCUUUAAAUACUGGGAUCGUUCCUGCCAGCCUUCAUGAUAGACACGACAGGCACGUCACGUCACUGCCCGUGAAUCACCGCGAACUCUCGAACGGCGCUCGAGCAAGGGGCACAUCGUUAGAAAGGACCGAGAAGGAGAAGAGAGUGCAGGAUUCUCCGAAAGGCUCCUACUCGACUAACCCUGGGGAUACCGCCCUAGCACCCUCUCCUGUUCGACGAAACCCCGCUCCGUCAGAACCAAUAUCGAACAAUCAGCCAACCGAGGGCGUGAGAGCUAAAUACAGAUCGUGGAGAGAUUCUCGUACCAACAUGGCUGCCGAGAAAGCCUGGUCGAUUUGCGAACAGGGAGACGACGACGGCGAGGGAGGGCGAGUUGAGAAGUCGAUCACACAGGCAAUGGCGGGGGUCGAGCCCAACAACCGAAGUAGGAAAGCCAGUCACAGUCUAGGCUUCUUCAAGGAGGGUCUUCCAGAAGACAGAUCGAAGAAACGGGAACAUAAACGCAAAGGCCGCUCUAAAGAAGGGUCCUCCCCUACAAAAGGUUCAGGGGCGCUCGAAAACGGGAAGCAGAGACUGGGCCACGAUACUCAUACACGAGAUUCCAUUCAGGAUUUUCACAAGCCAGACCUUGCCGCAGACGGAGGAACUCUUCUCCCACCGCUUCUUGAGGAGGAAGACUAUUCAUCUAAGCCUCUAUCAAAGCAAAUGAGGUUCGAUUCGGCCUCGAACCAGAGUCCUGGACUUGUUGCAGACGAUGGUUCUCUCGACCGACCUGGUAAUCCUGAGACGGCUCCAAAAGAGCAAAUCAGGAGGAUGCCGCCUCAGCUGCUUGCCGGGAUUCGGAAGCAUCAUAAUCUUACUCCUGGAGCCGCCAAAGGAACUUCAUUUUCACGAAGUCUUCCUGUCACUGAAUCAGAGAGACCGAAGGACGAUAAUGAUGAUGAACAGGAAGUCAAGCCAUCAUCCUCCGUGCAGAAUGAAGAAGAGGGCAAUGAUGGGGCCGAAUUAUCCCUCGUCAAAAGUACGGACGAUGAAGACGAAUCGGGGGAGGAGCAGAUUUCUUGUGCUCUUUUCGUGCCCCAUCAGACCCCUCAUGACUCACCUGAAGGGGAGAAUAGUAUAUUUGAGAGUGUCACAAGUCCACCACUCAAUAAUCAACGUCGCCUAGAUGUCCCAAAACCCCAGCAAUGGCUUGAAGAACAUGAAGUCCCAUCACGUGACCUGUCAAAGAAAUAUUUGAGCCAGGAAGCUAAACCUCGACGAACGCCAUCACCUAUUUAUCCAAAGCUACCAAGUCCACGUGCUGAGAAAGAAGGUUUCUUUUCUGAACAUGAAGAUGGCUUGACUUUAGAUCAAGAGACCCCAGAUGAUGGAGGCUAUACCACAGCCGGCGAAGAGUCGUAUGAUGACCAUGAUAUUACACCAACAGGUUCGGUGAAGCAAGGAAAUCAGAUCCCCAGUGGUUACGAUCGACACAUCCACGUUCAUCAACAAAAGCAGCCGUUGGAAGCAAUUGAGCUAAUCCCAUAUCGACAUCAAGUCGGAGGCCACACUACCCUGUGGCGAUUUUCGAAACGUGCCGUCUGCAAGCAACUGAACAACCGAGAGAAUGAAUUUUACGAAAAGAUUGAACGCUAUCAUCCACAACUGUUGAAGUUCUUGCCAAGAUACAUCGGCGUCCUCAAUGUUACCCUUGAGAAGCAAGUACGCCGCAAGUCUGCCAAAAAAGAUGGCGGCGAUGCAGCUAGUGAACGGCAGGAUACUGCUCCUGAUGGUGGAGAACUACGGAACCGGGAGAUGGCUGACGGUGUAUCCACUACCAAUGGUAAUGCGUCUACUGAAAGCCAACCUGAGCAACCGCGGAUAGUCAGCCAGUCUAUGCAGCACUCGUCUUCCAUACCUAUUCCAACCGUCACCUUUGCGGAUAAUAGGCAUAUCAUUCCGAAGAGCUUCUUGCAGCCUCAUCCCCAUCUGGCAGAUCCACAGCGUCGCACGAAAAGCGACGGAGCCGCAACAAGAAGUGCACCAGUGGGCCUCGACCAGACAAAGCCACUGCCUGUUCAAGAUGGCGACUCGGCAUUUCGACCGACUCUGUCAGAUAAGCAUGCAAACAGUUGGGGUGCGACCAUGAUCAAUAAGAAGCUACGAAACCAGGUUUUUGGUGAAGCGUUCUUACAGCAGCCGAUACCAAUCCAUCGCCACAAGAGACCUGCAUCUCAAAAUCGGUCUUUGCCAACUCGCAAUGGCGGUUCAGGCCUACGAACAGCAAGCUCUGAAUCAAGUCUCAAAGCUGCACAGCAAAGUCAAAAUUCAUCUUCACAACCAGCUGAGGAAUCGAUCCGUAGAAAAGCUAUAAAAACAGCUGCCGAACGGAGAAAUUGCCUGGCCCCGCUAACAAGUACCAACCCCGCUGACCCUAUCCUGGACGAAUCCGGUGUAAACGACGAUGAAGGCGACAUGGAGUUUGGUGGGAAAACGGGAACGAGCGCUCCAGAACCUGAAAUUGCACGCUCUCCAAAAGGAAAACGCCAAAGACGUUAUUCCAGUGGCGGUCUGCGCCGGAAGCCCGCUGAAGUAGCUCAGGAUCGUGGCAAUUUAAAAUACUUUGAAGAAGCAGACGAUGCAGGUUAUAAAGGUGACGCGGAGGAGGAAGUCUUUCCUAUGGAUCUCGAAGUAACUCCGUCGUCCAAGGCUGCAGAACAAAGCAACGAGCCUCUACCCAAGGCUGCGAGCAAUGGAAGGAUCGCUUUGAAGUCCGAGGUUCAAGAAUCAGACCAGGUGCCGGCUUCUACUCCCGUUAAGCCAUCAACCAUUCUUGAUGUUCCCAGACCUAUAAAUCCCAAGGAGGCGCAGACUCAGCGCGAAUCCCGUGUGGAGUACUUCUUACUUCUCGAGGAUUUGACAGCGGGCAUGAAACGUCCCUGCAUCAUGGAUCUAAAGAUGGGCACACGUCAAUAUGGGGUAGACGCCAACGAGAAAAAACAAGCAUCACAACGUCGAAAGUGUGCUGCUACCACAUCACAUGGACUUGGCGUCAGAGUUUGUGGAUUGCAGGUAUGGGAUGUCAAAACUCAGAGUUACAUCUAUAAGGACAAGUAUUUCGGGCGCGACCUGAAAGUUGGACGUGAAUUCCAGGAUGCCCUCACUAGAUUCUUGUAUGAUGGGGUCGAUUACUCCAGCGUCUUGCGACACAUUCCCACCAUAUUACGAAAGCUCUCCGAGCUCGAAAUUCUAAUACGUGGUCUGGUCGGAUAUCGCUUUUACGCCGCAAGUCUGCUGAUGGUCUACGAUGGAGAAGUGCAAGGCGAUGAUGAAAGUGACAGUACAGCCACAGAGAGGGAUCUGAGUAAGAAAAAUGAGAUCGACUUCAAAAUGGCAGAUUUUGCAAAUUCGGUCAUAAAGGAGGAUUUUCGCCCAGAGAAUCGGCCCUGUCCUCCACAGCAUCCAGAUUUGCCCGACAAAGGAUUCUUAAGAGGUCUGAAGAGCCUGAGGAAGUAUUUCUUGGCUAUCCAACAUGAGCUUUAUGGCAGAGAGAUGGGAAGGGCGUUCAAAAGCGAGGAUGAUGAAAAUAUGUUAUUACCCCAGGAGGAUGAAAGCGGAAUUAGCUACUGA